UUCUAUUUACUCUUUCAAUCAGUGCGAGUGUUUGCCCCUGGCCGGCGUGCACGCGCGGGUGAUGCGCUAGCCAUGAUCUCGCAGAAGCUCUCGUACGGCGACGUGCCGACGUCCGCGUCGCUGUCCUCGCUGUCGCCCGGGCUCGCGCCGCCCUACGUCAACGGCAUGGGCUGCAUGCCGGCGCAGCCCUACCCCAACCUGUACGCCAACAACAUGGUCGCCGGCGGCUCCUGCAUGGGCUCGCCCGGCCUGGGCUACUCGCCGCCCAGCACCAUGGCGUCCUGCAUGGGCGGCGGCGGCGCCGUGCCCUACGGCUCGCUGCCGCGCGAGCAGGAGGCCGCCUCGCCCACCUCGGCGCUGCAGCGCGCGCGCAACGACAAGACCUACCGCCGCUCCUACACGCACGCCAAGCCGCCCUACUCCUACAUCAGCCUCAUCACCAUGGCCAUCCAGAACAGCUCCACGCGCAUGCUCACGCUCUCCGAGAUCUACCAGUUCAUCAUGGACCUGUUCCCGUUCUACCGACAGAACCAGCAGCGCUGGCAGAACUCGAUCCGGCACUCGCUGUCGUUCAACGACUGCUUCGUGAAGGUGCCGCGGACGCCGGACAAGCCGGGCAAGGGCUCGUUCUGGACGCUGCACCCGGACAGCGGGAACAUGUUCGAGAACGGCUGCUUCCUGCGGCGGCAGAAGCGGUUCAAGGACGAGAAGAAGGAGACGAUCCGGCAGGCGCAGAAGGCGGCGCACGGGCACGGGCACGGGCACGACAAGCGCGCCGAGCACGGCCACGAGAAGGCGCCGGCGCCGGGCGAGGACAAGGAGAUGCGCGACGAGCUGCUGGCCCAACUGCACGCGGCGCCGGAGCUGUGCCUGCCCGAGCACACGCCGCUGGCGCUGGAGCACUACGCGCAGCUGAAGCAGGAGCCCACGGGCUACGCGCCGCCGCCGCACCCCUUCAGCAUCACGCGCCUGCUGCCCGGCGCCGACUCCAAGUCCGAGCUGAAGAUGUACGACGUGAACUACGGCUACGGGCACGCGCCGGCCGACAACUACUACCAGUCGCCGCUGUACCACCACCACCACGCGCACGCGCAGCCGCCCUUGUGACAGUACCCGCUGGCCUAGGCGCGCCGCGCGCCCUGGCCCGCGCCCGACCACCCCGCGCCCUAGUAAGUCACAGACAAUCAGAAAUCUCAUACCGAUAUUGAAGUGAGCUCGUG